AUGGAAAAUGACAUCGAAAAGAGCCGACGAUCCCCUUCUUUGCAGAGCGUCACGCAGGAAGAGUUGGAGGACCAGCCACUGCCUGCAACGCGCAAAUCGAGAUACGAACAGUGGACAAAGAGCAUCAAAGGCCUAGAGACUCGCGGUAUCGAGCCUGUGCCUCUGGAGGAGCGCUUGAAAAAUACCAGCUCGACGUCAUUCCGGAUGUUCCUCACGUGGUUCAGUAUGGGCAUGGCAAUCAACAAUAUUGUAACGGGAUCCUUAGGGACGUUGGCCAUGGACUUGAGCUUUACUGACGCUGCGCUGUGUGCGUUAUUCGGAACCUUCCUUGGGGGGCUGGGGAUUGGAUAUAUGAGCACCUGGGGCCCUAGAAGUGGCAAUCGCACGCUUAUCGUGGCUCGGUAUUUUAUGGGCUACUACCCUGGCAAAGUCUGCUGCAUACUGAACGUCUUGACCAAUUUUGGUACCGGCAUGAUGAGUGCGACGGUAGGAGGCCAGCUGCUCUCCAAGUUGUCAGAAGGGACCGUAUCAGUCAUUGUUGGCAUAGUCAUCGUCGCAUUGUUGAGUUGGGCGAUGGCUACAUUCGGGAUGCAUAUUUUCCAGUUCUAUGAAAGAUAUGCAUGGUUUCCGCAACUGAUGAUUUUCUGCAUCCUCACUGGGUCGGCUGGGCCGCAAUUCGAUUUCCGCAGUCCGUCAGUGGGAUCACUGGAGCAGAUCAAUGCGAAGCGUCUGACAUUCUUCUCACUCUGCCUGUCCAUACCUUUAUCUUGGGUCCCAGUAGCCGCAGAUUACCAUGUCUACUAUUCACCGGAGAUCAAGCGAUGGAAGGUAUGGACCGUGACCACGAUUGGCAUAAGCAUGUCGAUAAGUAUCCCGGUUCUUCUCGGUGUCGGACUUGGCAGUGGAGUUGCACAUACUCCAGUGUGGGCUGCAUUGUAUGAUGGAACGCCAGGGAGUCUUCUGAUGGCUGGGUAUAACCGACUUGGACCUCUUGGGAAACUAUGCGCCUGCAUAAAUGUUUUGACUAUUGUUUCCAACAAUGCACCCAGCUCCUACUCGACGGGAUUGAACUUUCAGAUGCUCGGAAACAUGUGGCUUAGGGUUCCGCGUCCGAUCUUCACAACCAUCAGCACUCUGAUUUACACUGCAUGUGCGAUUGGUGGCCGAAACUCUCUCUAUGAUGUCGCCAAGAAUUUCCUACCGCUCAUUGGAUACUGGGUCAUCAUCUGGUUCACCAUCGUGGUGGAACAAGACGUACUCUUCAACCGAGGAAAGGGGUACGACUGGACCUCGUGGAACGAUUGGGUGAAGCUCCCGAUGGGCAUCGCAGCUAGUGUAGCGUUUCUGAUCGGUUGGGCAGGAGCCAUUGUUGGCAUGGAUCAAGCCUAUUAUAUAGGCCCAAUUGCGAGAGCGAUUGCCGGCGGAUGCGACCUGGGCAUUUGGCUUGGGAUGGGCUUUACAGCCCUUGCAUUCCCGCCGCUCAGACUGCUUGAGAUAAAGUUGUUUGGACGUUGA